AUGGCCGAACUCUACCCCGAUCUUAAGGACCGUCCUAUCAAGGAGACGAUCUGCCUGUUCGAUGUCGACGGUACGCUCACGCCAGCCAGACAGACGGUGUCGGCAGAGAUGCUGCAGACCUUGUCGCGCCUGAGACAUAAAGUCGCUAUUGGAUUUGUCGGCGGCUCCGAUCUCGUCAAACAACAAGAACAACUCGGCACCCCAUCUCUCCCCGUCACAACACUGUUCGACUUCUGCUUCUCCGAAAACGGCCUGACUGCGUUCCGCCUCGGCCAACCGUUGCCGUCCAACUCGUUCAUCCAGUGGAUGGGAGAGGAGAAAUACCAGAAACUCGCGCGCUUCUGUCUCAAGUACAUUGCUUCGAUUGAGGGUAUUCCCAAAAUGCGCGGCACCUUCAUCGAAUUCCGCAACGGCAUGAUCAAUGUUUCUCCUGUGGGUCGUAAUGCCAGCAAGGCCGAAAGAGACGAGUUCGAGGCCUGGGAUAAGCUGUCGGGAUGUCGGCGUCAGAUGAUUGAUGCGAUUGAGAAGGAGUUUCCUGGUUUGGGUCUCACAUACUCCAUCGGAGGCCAAAUCUCUUUCGACGUCUUCCCCACCGGCUGGGACAAGACAUAUUGUCUUCGCCACGUCGAGGCCGAGGCCGACCCGAAAAACAACCUCUCGGGCAUCAAUUACAAAAACAUCCAUUUCUUCGGCGACAAGGCUUUCCCCGGCGGCAAUGACUGGGAAAUCUACAAUGAUCCCCGUACCAUUGGCCAUGCCGUUACUGGGCCCGAAGAUACCAUGAGACAACUCAAGGAAUUGUUUGAUGUUUGA